ACGUUGCUCUUUCUACUGGCUAGAAGAAGAAGAAAAAGGUUUCUUGGACAACCAGAUGAUGAAUUAAACCCUUCAAUGUACGUUAACAAAGGUUUCCUCCAACCUGGAAGCAAUGGAGUGGACUUCUUCAGUGGCAGCCUGCUCAUUCUCCAGGUCUUGGCUUAGCUUUUCUGCUGGCUGGGGAGGGUCUGGUGUGGCGGUGGGGCAGUCUGCAGGGGUCGAGGUCAAAGCCGGGGCUGUCUGGACAACUUUGGGAGCUGGAGCUGGGGCCGAGGCCGGAGUAGCAGCUGAAGCCGAGGCUGGAGCUGAGCCCGGGGCUGUGUUUGAGUCCAGAGCUGCUGUUGCUUCAACAGAAGCCAGGGGGUUGUUUUCUGGCACUGGGGGCGGGGAUUCCGAGCAAGGCACCAACUGUGGGGUAGGUGUGGGCGCAGACGCUGUAUGCGUCGGUGUGGAGGGCUCUAGUGUUGUGCCAGAGGCGGGUGCUGGGCCUGAAGCAGAGGCGGGUGCUGGUGCUGGAGCCACAGCUGGUUGGGCUGUUGGCUGAGGUGCUGCUUGUGGAGGAGGGGCUGGUUUAGGCUAAAAAGACAUUUGAGAAUUGAUCAUAGUGGUAUGGCUAGGGAUCAUCAUUAUUUAUUCUCAUUAAAUUUAGCAGAAAUUGUUUAGAGGUCCGGAUAAAACCGUCCCUCAGUCUGGUUCCAA